ACGUUCGUCGGCGAGUGUGAUGAGAAUAUUCGUUCUACGUGCUUGAAAGUGAAGCCAUUCGUUGAAAAAUUCGCGUAGAAAAGUUUCCCAGAACGGUUCCUCAAGUGUUCUUCGAUUGGUAGAUUGUCACGAAAAUCCGCUGGAUUCGAAAACGGUUCUCUGUGGACUCUAGUUUUUUUUAGUGUUUCCAACGUAAGCUAUUUCACAGCCUGUUGUCCGGUGCUGUAAUUUGAGGCGAGAUCAUUUCCGCUGGCUGACUUCUUUCUACAUCAUGCUGAUGAUGAAAACCAACCUUUGAGAAGGUAGAAGAAACCCAUCGAGAAAAAUUGGAUGCGUGGAUUUUUUUUUUCUGUGUUGCUCCGGCAGUGUUGUUUUUAUUGUUCUCGUGGCAAAUUGUUAAGCAGUUCGAAGGAAUUUCGUUGAUUAUUCGCUCGGUCGGCCUUCGUCAGCGAAUCUCGGUAGGCGUGCGCAAUUUGUUGUUAUUUAUUUCGUGUGGCUGCUGCGAGUAAAAGGAAAAAAAAAGUGCUGAUGUUUACUAUUGAUUAGAAAAGUUUUUGCUCUUAUCAUUACCAGUGUUGUGUCGAACCUCGUGCUGUCCCGCGCUGAGCCAGGUUCCAUAGUUUUGUAGAGUUACGGAUAAAAUUGUGUCGUUAAGAGUUUGUUCCUGUUAUAUUGUGUUUUACAUUGUUAAAGUAGAAAAUUUGUAAGUUGCGUUCCAGAGCUUCAUAACCGGAGUCAACAUGUCCUCCCAGGAAACGGCGGUGAAGCAGUUCAUAGAUCUGAUCAAUAGUUCCAGCAAUGACCCGAACCGGAAAGCGGUCACACCGGCCAUCGCCACCAAAUUCCUGCUGGCACGUAAAUUCGACAUUCCCCGGGCGGUGGCGCUUUUCGAGCAGCACGAGCAGAUCCGGCAACGCGAAGGCCUGUACGGAUUCGAUCCACACGUGGAUCCACUGCGGACAGAGCUCGAAACGGGGAAGUUCACAAUACUGCCCGGACGAGAUGGCAGUGGCGCCGCGAUCGCACUGUUCACUGCCAACCUGCACUACCCGAUGACGGUCACACACAAAACCACCCUGCAGGGGGUUGUGUACCAGCUGGACGUCGCCCUGCAGAGUGCCGACACACAAAAAGCCGGUCUUGUGUUCAUCUACGACAUGAGCACCUCCAAGUAUUCCAACUUCGACUACGAUCUGUCACAGAAAAUACUCACACUGUUGAAGGGUGGCUAUCCAGCGAGACUGAAGAAAGUGCUUAUCGUGACCGCCCCGUUAUGGUUUAAGGCCCCGUUCAAAAUCCUUCGAUUGUUCGUGCGAGAAAAGCUACGGGAGCGGGUGUUCACCGUUUCGAUACCACAGCUGAGCCUUCAUGUGCCCCGGGACUCACUACCAGUACGGUUAGGUGGAACGUUCGAGAUCGAUCAUUCCUCAUGGUUGCUUCAUUGCUACAAAUCGAUGACAAAUCGUGAGGACGAAAUUAUCGCCGGUGUCGGUCCGCAGCAACAGCAGUCCAACAGUUCAGCCCAGGCCACCACCAUGGGAAGCGGUGGAACAUCGACGGUUACCACGGCCAUCCUGGAUCCGCACCUGGCCGGCGGAACAAUACCCGGAGCUACGACCGAUCUGGCGGAGUACGUGUCCGGUCAUCGCCGGUCACCGAGUAGCAACGUUGAUCACAUCGGCGUGGAGGACAUCGCCGACCUGACGGCGGCCGCUGGCGGAGUUCACCAUCACCAUGUGCAUCACAGUCACCAUCAUCACAAUACCAGCAGUGAACUGUGGAGCGAGAAUCCACCGAGCAGUGCGUCGUCCGGGUUCAGCGACGACGACAGUCUGGCCGGUGCCGAAGGUGAUCCAAAGACAAUAGAACAGAUUGUACAAAUGGUGCGGGAACGGGGCAAGCAGGGACUGAUACGGGAGUACGCCGAAAUCAAGGCACGGGCUCCGGACGGUACCUUCACUCAUGCUAAACUAAGAAACAACCUGGCCAAAAACCGCUACACCGACGUGCUGUGCUACGACCACAGCCGGGUUGUGCUGUCCCAGGAGGACGACGAUCCGACGUCGGACUACAUCAAUGCGAACUUUGUCGACGGUUACAAGCAGAAGAAUGCCUACAUCUCCACGCAGGGUCCACUGCCGAAGACCUCGUACGAUUUCUGGCGGAUGGUUUGGGAGCAGCACUGUCUGGUGAUAGUGAUGACCACCCGGGUGAUGGAGCGCGGACGGGUCAAGUGCGGUCAGUACUGGGAACCGGUCGAGGGCGCCUUCGUCGAGUACGGUUGCUUUCAGAUCCGAACCAUCGCGGUUGAAUCGAACGAGGACUACACGGUGGCCGAGUUGGAGGUGAAGAAUAUUAAGACUGAUGAAGUGCGCUGCGUGUCCCAUUGGCAGUUUACCAGCUGGCCAGAUUACGGUGUUCCGGCAUCGGCUCACGCUAUGUUGAACUUUUUGCAGCGUGCCCGCGAGAAGCAAGCGGAAAUGGUAAAGUCACUCGGUGACCUGUGGGCUGGUCAUCCGCGUGGUCCGCCGAUAGUAGUGCACUGCAGUGCCGGCAUCGGUCGGACGGGAACGUUUAUCACACUGGACAUUUGCAUAUCGCGACUAGAGGAUGUCGGCAGUGCUGACAUCAAGGGUACGGUCGAGAAGAUCCGUUCGCAGCGGGCGUACUCGAUCCAGAUGCCAGACCAGUACGUAUUCUGCCAUUUGGCGCUGAUCGAGUAUGCACUUUCCCGGUCGCUACUGCAAUCAGCUGACCUGUCCGGGUUCGAUGAUCGGGACGAUGACUCCGAAUAGGAUGUGUGUACGUGGUGUAUAGGCUAUGUGCGAUUUUUGUUUCGAUUAUGUUCUGUUUUGCGUAGAUUUUAAGUAGGGUGAUCGUGUUAGGCAGAGUGCGUUUUCCAAAUUGAAGGACAUAUUUUUAAAUCUUUAGAUGAAAGAUAGUGAGAGAUGGAAACUAUUUUAAAACAAACUUGUAGGAACAAUGAUUAGAAACUACAUUGAAUAAAUUACGAGUCUUACUAUUAUUUCGAUUAAGCUUUCAGAUUCAACUUGUACAUCGAUUAUUUGAACUGUUAUAGAUUAUUUAGGGUAUUGUUUUACUACAACCACAUGAAACAUUUAUUUUUAAUAGAACCUGAUUCGUGAUUCCUUUGGUCGGAUCGAAAUUCAUCUUACAUCUAUACAAUUUUCUCUCGAUUGCCCCACCCCUGAGAGGUUGUAAAUAUUAUUCAGUUAGUAUUCUUACUAUGUCUCCUACACAAAUGUAAUAGCCCAUAAGCCAAUCAUUGUUCGUUCAUUCUCACCAGCCUGUAAGUUAAAAUCUUGCUUUAGCAAAAUAAACAUCUAAAUUCAUAAAGUCCAUCAUCGCCAAUCUGUCUCAUGUUGUAUGUGAUUUUCUUUCUUUUCGCAUAAGAUCCAUGCUAGAGCAUUAACAAACUGACCAACGUAGUAUCUCGUAGUCAAAUCCUUCAACAUUUACCUUUUUACCUGAACCGGAAUGUAUUAGAACCGCAACAAGAUUUCAUUUAUGCAUGAGAAUCCAGUCAUCAAAUACCAUUUGAGAGGAAGAACGCAGGAAACCAGAAUUAUCGCUUGAAUAAAAUGUUAUGUUUUAGCAAGUAAAAAGAAAAGUCCAGUGAAAUACGUACGUGAACUAGAGAAAACUGAAUAAGAAUGGUCAUUUAUUUUGUCUAUUUAUUUUUUAAACCUUAAACAAUAACAAUAGGGUUGGUUAAUUACCUAGUAACAAGAGUUUGAAUAAAAAAAAAUGCAAAAUACAAUAAAUCAACCAUUUAAUUCAAUAAAAAAAAACUGAUCAAUACGACGCGCCAACUCAGCAGCGAUUUGAUCUUGAUACAAACAUGUAUUUUGCCAUUUCGAAAUAGUCACAAACUUUUGUGCGGAGAAUAUAUACUUUUACCAUCCUUUACGAUACAAAUAAAAAAAAGUAAAUUAAGAAGUAAUAUUUGAAGUAAUGAAGGAAACAAAUAAUUUUAGUAAAUUUAUCAAUAACACAGAUCAAAACCCAAGUAACUGAUAUUAAACGAAGCGUAAGUCUAACAAAAGCAUAAUAUGUUGAUUCAAUUCCGAGAAAGAGAUAAUCAGCCACACUAUUACAUCACAUUUCAAAUCGUGAACUUUGUACAUCAAUAGCAACGUUACUUUCCAGUCUGAGGAAAACAUGGGUAAAGCAAAUAGAACUAACAUUUAAAACCAACAAUACUGAGCACGAAAGUUGAUCGACUACCGUUUCCCCCAAACAAAAAUAAACAAAAUCAAUGUAAGUGUAGGCACAUUGUAACUCUCCUUCGACACAUACACAGCAUAAAUAGGUGAUCUAUAACUUAGCUAUUUAUUGUAAUAGAGACCAUCAACACAAAACGAUGCCGCCACAGCCGCAACCGGAGCUGAUCGAGUGGGAACCUAGCUGUACUGUCCCCUUGUUAUCAUUGCUGUCAUUGCCUGGGAAACUCGCAAAUGGCGGGAGCCAGUAAAACUCGCUAAAUUUGUUGUCAGGUCAAUCCGCAAAACGGGGAAAAAUGUAACUAAAUAAAGAAAUGCAACAGAUGUGAGUAAAAACAA